CUUGGCAGGAGCCGGAGAGGAGAGGGGAGAAGUGGGGCCAGCGAAAGCUCUCCUUCCUUCCUUCCUUCCUUCCUUGACUCCUUCUGCGGCCCAAGAGAGUCCCGCACCUGCUUCGCUUUCCUUCCUACCAUCCCUGGCCCUAAAGGGACGGGGAAGGAGCCCGAAAAAGCUGGAAAGGUCCGCUCCCUCCUCGCCUGAGAGGGAAGCCUCCCAGAGAAAAGGGUCGCCCUCGGAGGAAGAGGAGGAGGAGGACAGUCGGCGGAGAGGUCUUGUGUCACCAUGCAGCAUUAUGGAGUAAAUGGCUAUUCUCUCCACGCUAUGAAUUCCUUGAGCGCCAUGUACAACCUUCACCAGCAAGCAGCACAGCAAGCUCAGCAUGCCCCAGACUACAGACCAUCGGUGCAUGCCCUCACGCUGGCAGAGAGAUUGGCUGACAUCAUUUUGGAGGCCCGUUAUGGCUCCCAGCACCGCAAACAGAGGAGAAGUCGCACAGCUUUUACAGCCCAGCAGCUGGAAGCCCUGGAGAAGACUUUUCAGAAGACCCACUAUCCAGAUGUGGUCAUGAGGGAAAGACUGGCAAUGUGUACAAAUCUGCCAGAAGCAAGAGUACAGGUUUGGUUUAAGAACCGAAGAGCUAAGUUCCGGAAGAAGCAGCGUAGUCUGCAAAAGGAGCAACUACAGAAACAGAAAGACUCUGAAGCCAGCCACAGUGAGGGCAAAGCAGAGACCCCCGUCUCUGAAGCACAGACUCCAACUCCUGAUGAAGACAAAUCUCUGAAUUUGCCAAGUGAGGUAAACACAGAGCUCAACCUGACUCUGUCAGAGCAGUCAGCCAGCGAGUCAGCAGCUGAGGACCAAACGGACAGAGAGGAGGAAUUCAAGAUAUCAGUGGAGGAGAACAAAGUUGAGAAGAGCCCUGGAGCAGAAAGCAAAACCCUGAAUAGCAAGAGGGCAAGCCCAAAAGCAGAUUCCCCCAUCAGCGCUGCGGCCACGCCAUCUUCCAGCAGCAGCCUGUCUCAGAGCCACUCCUAUUCCUCCUCACCCCUCAGCCUCUUCCGCCUGCAAGAGCAGUUUCGCCAGCACAUGGCAGCCACUAACAACUUGGUCCAUUAUUCAUCCUUUGAAAUGGGGAGCCCUUCUACGGUGCCAUACUUGGGCAUGAAUGUCAACAUGGCACCUCUAAGCUCUCUGCACUGCCAGUCUUACUACCAGUCACUCUCCCAUGCCCAGCAGAUGUGGUCUUCCCCUAUCCUCCAAGCCUCCUCUUCUCUCCCAAGUCUGAACAGUAAAACAACCAGUAUUGAGAACCUACGUCUGCGUGCCAAGCAACACGCUGCCUCUCUGGGGCUGGAUACUUUACCAAACUGAGCUUCAGGCAGACAAAGAAAAAGAAAAACCAUGGUAAGAGCCCAGACCUCAGCUUACAACGUACAAGGAAACACACCAUGUCUUUGCUACUUGAAUGGGCUGAUGUUUGACAUGCAACACACAGCUCUCCAUGUUCUCCCUCAUUAGGAUGCGUCCUUUCAUAGGGAAACAUUGAUGUAAUUCUGGUUUCUGCACUGGGCAUUGCUACUGCCUGUUCCCACUGAUCCAUUAAAAAAGAUACUACUGAAAGGACAGAUGUUUUAAAUGUGAAAUUGUCUUCAAAACUGUGAGUCAAAUAUGUAAUAUUUGGAAAGAUUCUUUUGAUGAUGCUAUGAUAAAUGUUAGUUGCUUUGUUUCUCUGGGGAGAAGAGAAGAGAAAGCCCUGAUGUACAUAGUUUAUAUGAUAUUGGCGAUGUUCCUUCACUUGUGUUUUAACGUCAGUGUUGCCUUAUGCAGAAUUGUGAAGCACUUCCCUUUUCAUUUCUUUUAUAAUUAUACUUAUACAGUAGAUAGAAACAACACUGUAAUCAGAAAACUAAAGAAAAGAAACUAAUCUCUUGUUGACCUCAUGUGGUCUAAGAUCCAGGUUCAGUUUAACAUAAAAAUAUUAUGUAAUCUCAGUGGCAUUUUCUCCUACCACCCAUUGUAAUCAGCACACAGUCUAGGACACCAUUAUGGUUUAGUUCCUAUCCCAUCUUCGGACAGGAAAGUAUCCAUCUUUAAAACAUUUAUUGAAAUGAAAGGUAUGGAAGCAAGGAAAGCUGUAGAAUUUUUUUUUCACAUAUCCCAAAGAUUUUUUUUUCAAUUUUUUGGUUCACUGAAAUGUACAAAGUUUGCUCUUUGUGAUUUGUGUGAGUGUGUUAAAGCAUUUGAGACAGAUUUGGAAAAUGAAGAACAGCUAAAGAACAUGGAAUGUCCUCUGUGCUUUUUUCAUCAGCUGAAUUCAGGGCUGGCCACAGCUUAUUUUGCUGAUUUUAAGUCAAAUGAAUAGCAAAGGUCAUCCCCUACUCAAGUUUUUUUGGUGUCAAGAGAACACCUAUUCAUGUCACCACCAGUAAGCAUAAUAAUACAUUGUAUUUCCUUGACAUCCAAACUCAGCUGUCUGAGAAAAUUAUUACUGUAUUUGCUUAACAGAGGAUCAAUUCUGGGUUCUGUAAUAAGCAGAGAGAUAAAAUGAAUUAGUUACAACAACCCCACACUUCCCAUAGCAAUUUACUGCUGGCUUCAGAUGUAAACACCUGCAAAAAGAAUUGAGAUCUACAAAAUUGGUCAUGAACCUAAAAGUACCCCUAAAAUUGAGUCAUUUUGAUGAUUUCAAUUGAUUUACAACAAGAAAGCCUAAAUCUGGAGUCAACCCACUGAAUUUGUUACAGCAGUGGCAACAGAAAACUAAUGAUUGCAUUUGUAUGGUAUACACUAUGCAGUGCAUCUGCUAUGCAUUAACGUUAUUAGACUUCCAUAUUAAAUUAUUAGAUGGGCUAGGAUUCAGCAGGCAGAGGACCUCUAGAAGAUCAUAGUUUGAGAAUCAUUAUUGAAAAUACUCAACCAUCUGUUGUCCUCAGCAAUAAUGGAUAACAUGGUUAUCAUUUUGUUUCCCAUCAUACUUUUAUCUAUACAACAUGUAGUGCCCACAUAUUUUUCCCCUUCAAAUGAUGGGGUCUCCUCAGUAUGAACUGAGCAUUCCUUAUCUGAAAUACUUGGGACCAGAAGUUUUUUGAUUUUUAGAUUUUUGCCAGAUUUUGAAAUACCUGUAUUUGCAAAUAUGGAAGAUAUACAGCGAAAUAUUUUGGAAAUGAAACCCUUCUAAACACACAACUCAUUCAUGUUUUGUAUACACCUUAUAAAAUAGACUAAAGGUAAAUUUAUACAAUAUUUUUAAUAAUUUUGUGCAACAAAAUUGGUUUACUUCAAACAUAAAAAGCAAAGGUGUCAGUAUAUCAUGCCCUGCCUCCUGCACAGAGGAAGGACUGCUUAAAGCUACAGACAAUGCGGUUGCUGUUGCCCAUUUUUGCUCUAAAAUUAUUUAGCUGCUUGUGCUUCCUUUAUUUUAUCAGUUUUUAUAUGUAUUCAUUUAUACAUACAAUGCUUUUGACACAAAAUAAAUAAAAUAUAUCAACGACCCAUGUGGGCAAUUAUGGAGGAUUUCAGAAGUCUGAAAAAGGGAUGCUCAGCUUAUGUCUUUAACGGUACCGAGUAGAACAAAUUAAAUUGAACGCUUAUGACUUUUAGGUGUAAUUAAAAAAACUUAAAUUUAAAAAACUUAAAUUUAAAAAAACUUAAAUUAAAUCAGAGUGGCCUUCAGUUUCACUUUCUGAUACUCAAAGGUCAUCUUUCAUGUAGAUUAAUGCCAUAUAACUGAUGCCAUCUUUUAGACAUUGGGCAUUUGCACAAAUUUCCCCAUAUAUUUCACAGCAUAAAUUCAAGAGGAAAGAUCCCAGUUCAAUUUCAUUGUAAGAUUUUUUUUCAAAUUUAUUUUAACAUCAAUGAGUGGAUAGUGGGAAGAUCUUAACAACUGAAGAACAACUGAACCAUUGGUAUGUAUGUGUAUGGGGUCGCCCCC